AUGGGGGAAGAAAACAAUCAGAACAAGGGAAUAGAUAAACUUUUGCUGGCGGCCUUAACUGCGCAGAUGUCUGCUUUAAUGGAUCAGAAACUAGAAGACUACAGAGCUGAGGUUGCCCGAAGAAGGAGGCGAGAUCAAGAAGAAAGACCACAAACCAAUGAUCCUCUGGGUGGUUUGAAAUUGAAGAUUCCUGAGUUUAAAGGCACUGCUGAUCCAGAAGAGUAUUUAGAGUGGGAAAAGAAGAUUGAACUUGUGUUCAAUUGCAGAGACUACACACAAGAGUACAAGAUGAAUCUUACUCCUACUGAGUUCAAAGAGUAUGCGCUAAGUUGGUGGGAUAACUUGGUUACAGCAAGAAGAAGGACUGGAGAUUUUCCUGUUGAAACCUGGAACCAGAUGAAGGUAAUCAUGAGGAAGAGAUUUGUACCAAGCCACUACCACAGAGAGCUGCACUUCAAACUCAGAACACUGUCUCAAGGAAGUAGAUCAGUUGAAGAAUAUUAUAAGGAGAUGGAAACCUUUAUGCUGAGAGCUGGCAUACAAGAAGACAGAGAAGCAAUACUGGCCAGUUUCAUGGGUGGUCUAAACCGAGACAUCAUGGACAUACUUGAAGUACAUCAUUAUGUUGAGUUGGAAGAGCUUUUGCACAAGGCAAUUAUGUUUAAGCAGCAACUAAAACGAAGAGGCUACAAGUCUAGCUAUGGAGCCAUCAAGCCACACUACCAGAAGGACGAAAAGACCAGAGAAUCCGAACCAUUCUCCAAGCCUAAAGUGGAGGAACAAAGUAUUAAAGGAAAGGAAGUUUCCACGGCAUCCAAAACCAGAGACAUACAGUGCUACAAGUGUAAAGGUUAUGCACACUAUGCCAGUAGCUGCUCCAACAAAAGGGUAAUACUCAUCAAAGAAAAUGGAGAAAUUGAAUCAGAGGAAGAUGAACAAUCUGAGUCUGAAGAAGAAAGAGUGGAGAUGCCAGCUCGUGGAGAGUUACUUGUCGCAAGGAGAAUACUGAAUCUGCAAGCCAAGACUGUUGGAGAUGAGCAAAGAGAGAAUAUGUUUCAUACUCGCUGUAUGGCCCAAGGCAAGGUAUGCAGUUUGGUUAUAGAUGGAGGAAGUUGUACCAACGCUGCAAGUGAAACCAUGGUUGAGAAACUUGAUCUGAAGAUCAUGAAAAGACCAACCACCUACAAGUUACAAUGGCUUAAUGAUGAAGGAGAGCUGGAGGUGAAACACUAA